GAUGUGGGAGUGUCAGUCAAACUCACAACAAAUAAAACUACAAAAUAGAACAACCAUGUAGUUUGUUCUUUUACGUCGUGAAUUUAUUGAAAAGCUAGGCGUUUAUAUUCAAGAUGUCUAGCCGGAUCAUCAACCGCUGGGACCAGCGGCUACACGCGGCGGCCUCGCGGGGCGACGUGGUCGAGAUGAGACGAGUGCUCGACUCGGGACGUGUGCAUGUCGAUUGUACGGACAGGGACGGCGGGACGGCGCUGAUCGUGUCGUCGCAGUGCGGUCACUCGGACGUCGUGGAGCUGCUGCUGGCGCGCGGCGCAGACCCGAACACGGCGAUGCGAGACCGCGCCACGGCGCUCUUCGUCGCCGCGCAGAACGGUCACACGGCCGUCGUCAGAUCGUUACUGAGGGGCGGGGCUCGUAUUGACGCGCGACGGGCAGAUGGGGCGACGUCGCUCUGGAUCGCCGCCCAGAUGGGCCAUGCCCAGGUGGUGAGAGAGCUGCUGGGCCACGGUGCCCAGCCGGACACACCAAGAAAGGACGGAGCGACAGCGCUGUUCAAGGCUGCGCACAAAGGCCACGUGGACGUCGUGAAGGCGCUGCUGCUGCACCGGCCCAAACUGGGCCUUCUGAAGAACGGCGAGUCUGCGCUCCAUGCGGCGGCGUUGUAUGGCCACAUCGAAGUAGCCCGACUGCUGCUCAGAGCCGGCGCCGACCCUACACUGAGAAACGACCAAGGCCUCACAGCAGCUCACAUAGCGCUCAGAGCGGGGCACUUGAACGCUGCCAAACUCCUCCAACAACCUCCCCCUUCACCGAAGCGUUCCCCACUCUCUCCGAGAGGUACCCCCACCGGGACUCUAAGCCGCGGGUCAUCGCAGCCUGGGUCUCUGGAGACGAUAGUAGAGGCAAGUCCUCCUCCACAACGCGCCAAUAACUUCCAGUCAUGUGAACUGACCGCGCUAAUGGACGGUGAGACUCGAGCGAGGAUCAAUCAAGUUGGAUGUUCUUCCCUCUCCGCGAGCAACAAUUCCCUCACGGCUCCCUCGCCUUCCCCAAGCGUCGUGAGUGAACCCCCAGCUCCUCUACAUCCUCCUCUUCCCCACCACAGGGCCACGUCACACGCAGAUCUUAGGUCAAUGAAGUCUCUCUUCUGCAAGACUUUCUCCUCCUUCAGGAGAGCGUCGCUGGGCAGGAGGGUCAUCAACGCACCUCCAUGACACUUGUUGACCUUACCAAGACAUCCCAUUGAAAGUCAUGCUUAACAAAUGAACUCUUAUGAUUACCUCUCCUCCCUACUAAAUUCUAGACAAUUAUUACUAUAACACACCAAAUGAUCCUCAUGGAUCAAAGAGUUAAGUGAAAUUAUGGUGUAGACUUCAAUUGUGCAUUAUUUGAGAGUGACAGAAGAAAAAAAUAUGAAAUCUCUUAAGCCACAAGGUAGGCUGUCAAAGCCUGAGACGUCAGCGCACAAACACCUUGCCGUGUAAUCUUGGGCUGUUAUUUUACACAAUCAGUUUUAUAUCCGUGAAAUUAGUUGUCCAUCUUUUGGUUCGCAAUUGGAACAAACCUCCUUAACUAAGAUAGGUAGACUUUCAUAUCAGAUAUUUGCUGUAGAACCUCUUCAUGAUGGAUCAUUCCACAAGGACUUGUGGAUGAAAUAUCAUGUCGCGAAGACCUCUUUAGUAAGAAGGGGACGUCAUUAAUCCUCGAUUGCACAAAAUGGAAGAUGAUUCUUCUUCCUCUUCCGGUAAGAUUGACUGUGCUACAUUGCUAAUAAUCUAUUGAUUAAGUCUUCGAAAAAUAACUUGAAAUCAAACCUUAAAACAACUAGAGAAUUAGAUUUUUUCGAUUGUCGUUUUGCAAUUCUUAUCGAAAAUAUUAUGACGCUGGUCUAUUAGCGUCCAUAUACUGGGACAAUUUAUCUAAUGAAAUGUGAAUUUUAUUUAAUAAAUCUGAACAGUUAAAACUGUUAAAUGAAUGGUUAUUCGAAAGUUGGUAUAAUGGCAUAGUUCAGCUCUCUGUACAGGGAUGAACGUAAUACUGUGCAGUAUGGUUGAGCUGUCAGGUGCUGGAUCAAGAUAAUUCUGUACACGAACAGUUACAGUUGAGCUGUAAAGUGCUGGACGAAAGUAAUGCUGUGCAGUGUUCAGGUAUAGUAGAACCGUAAAAGGGUGAAUGAACGUAAUUCUGUACAGUUACAGUAGAGAUGUUAGGUGCUGGAUGAAAGUAAUUCUGUACAAUUGCAGUUGAGCUGUUGCCCUAUUGAAAUUUUGGGGGUGGUUAGCGUUUGAAUUAUGGAUGCCAUUAGCUCGCCCAGCGAGUAAAUUAAUGGCUCUAUGUCCGCUUUACGCUCUGCCUCAAGAAAAUUUAGGGUAUGCUUCAGCCUCCACCCAGCUGCUGUACUCGCGUUAAAGUUGUUCUGGGUUUGCGGGCUACCUGAUCACAAUCAGCAACUAGUCAGAAUCGCCUUACCAAAUUCAUAUUCUCCAGAGAGUAUUACAAGAGUUGGCUUGGCCUAGCCUACCAAAGCUGCAUGUUGCUGGGGGGCUAGCGUCGUCAACGUGAGAAAGAACCUCUGCUCGAAUCUUCUCAAGCUUUCAAACAAUCAACUGCAUUAUAAAUUCCUGGAGUGGCAACCAAAAAAUAUGGCGGGACCAAAAUAUACGACAGUAACGGGAAAUCAAAUAAGUUGCUUAUAAAUUGGAUUGCGUUAAUUUGAACACGUUCUCCUUCGGAUUUCUUGUACGCGAUACUCAACACCGACACGACAGCUACGGCUGCUAGAACGUCCAUAUGCAAUCUUUAAUAAUGAAGUUCUCGGCCGUCGGGAUGCUUGUAAAUUCCAAUUAAGAGCUUAUCUGCAAGAGCUACAUCUAUAGCCGCUCAAGCAGACACAUGCCCAAAGCUAAAUAUUUCUAUUAUUGGAGAAAUCAUCAGUUCAUGGGCUUGUAGAACAGUAAUCUCCAGACAAUUCUAAAUCUAUGAAGUAGUUCCACAAGCAUUCAAAAUAUAAAUUUUGAAUGCACAAGUGCAAUGUCCACAAGUGCAAUGGUCAUUACAAUUAAAUUGUUUUAAAGUUGCUCAUUGUAGGAGACAAAACAAUUCACUUCCUUUCGAAAAGCAUUGAUCAUUCGUCAGUACGUUCUGCGCCACUGUUAGCUGUAUGCUGGCGCUCUGCUGGCGUCAGCCCUCAGGCUCAGGCAACGGCUAGUUCUUUGCUUCGAUGGGAAUGAAACGCAUGCAUUGAAACGUGUAGCCCGCGUGCAUUGAAAUGUGUAAGACUGAAAGUCCUUUUGAUGUUUGCACUUGAAGCAAGUAAACAUUUAAAACAUUCCUGUGGGAGCUUGAGCGUUAUUUCAUGGGUAAUUAUCGCGUAGAUUAUGGCUUACGGAUCAAAGCACAUGCACAUAUGAGGCUCACAUGUGUGAGCACACGCAUUGCAAGUUCUCAUAAACCUGAUUCUUCCAUGAGUAUUUUGUUACGCGAGCAACAUGUUCCUGUUAAAUUUAAUUCUUUCACUCACAUCGCAUUGAUGGGAUUUUUCAGUUAACAACUCGCAUAACAUUUAUUCUUGUGUGACAUCCUCUGGUGUAUUAAGCGAUCUUAAGCGCGGUGUAUUAGGUAUCUCUGCACACAUUUAAAGUAGUCAAUAGAUUGAGUGAAAGAUAAUUGGUUUGCGCUAUUCUUCUGUGGUAUUCAUGAAGUGGAAGUAUAGCAUAUUCAUGCAAUGGAAGUAGUUAUAGAUUUCUUAAUUUACUCGAGUAUUUGCAACAAUUUAUUUUUUCUUACGAUGAUGUAAUUUGUGUGCUCAGAAGUGAGUAUAAUAAUUGAAUUUUGAUGUAUGAAUUGUCCAAUUACAAUUAUAGUUGUCAUUGGAUAUUGUCGGAAUAACAUUGUUGAGUUAUUCUGUCGUAAUUUAAGAAUAUACGACACAGCAAACAGAAGCGUCUGCAGUAGUGUCAGGUUGAAAAUAGGCGUCCUCAACAGUAGAAGCAUAGGUUUGUUUAUCAGACGCUAAAUGCAAUAUGCUAUAUGUCAAGUUAAAGUUAACUUUCCUUUCGUUAACUUUCCGUCGUAUUACAUAGCAAACGUACGCGUGUCCAUUUAUCGACGCCAUUUAUAGAGCGAAAGUUGGUCAUGGUUCAUGCAAUUACUUCGUCUAGCAUCAUGCGGCAACCUGACCAGCGUCUGACCAGAGGCACCAUAUGAGGCAUCUUUACCAGCUUCUCUUUUUGGUUAACUUGCGCUGACUCGGCUUACCGGACAAUUGACUUCUGAAAGAGGUUGCUAAAUAGCAGCCGAACACAGUACCAGUAGGUGGCCGAUAUGCACCUGGUUUACCUCUAAGCCGAGUCCAUUGCUUCUGGGGCGACCCAAAUUGGAACAAAAACUUUUACUGGGAAGGUGCUCGAGGAACUUAAUGCGGUACAAGCAUAUAAGUUGAGCUGUAUGGACGUAAUAAGCUGUUCUGGAUGUAAUCAAGCUGUAAGCUGUUAGGUUCUGAUGGACGUUAAGCAGUACAGAUAAAGUUGAGUCGUAAGGUGAUGAAUGAACAUAAUGCUGUGCAGUUACAUUUGAGCAGUAAGGUGCUAAUGCUAGCUAGUCACCAAGUGUCCUCUGUAUACAUUUAUAGUCUAGGUCUUAUUCUACCAUUGCUAGCUGAAAGUUUCCUUGUCUUGGUAAAAAGUUAGAUUUAUCCAGUAUUAUGCGUUCCAAAUUUAACCUAAUAUGGCUAAUUGAGGCAAGGCAUUGCGAUUUUUCUGCUAAUUUGUUGUCAAAAGUUCAACAAUUUAUGUUGCGCAUGUGAAUUGCAUUCUUUUUCCUAACUUGCCUCGAUCUGCAGAUAACUUUUCUAUAAUGAAUAAUAUUAUUUGUCGCUACAUAUCACAUUAUUAUUUAGUUAGGUUAUCAUGAUAGUAUAGACCCCGAGCAGUGAUUUCCCAAAAAUCACCACGUUACUGAAUUUAUUUUGCCACAUUCAUAUGUGUUUUCAGAAAUGCCAAGAUUAAUACUGUACACAUCACAAUAUCGAAACUCAAGAAGAUAUUACGCAUCUGUAAAAACGAAUAAAUUCUCUGCAUUGUGGAUAAUAUAUCCCCAGUUUAGAGACCACUGACCGAGAGUAUUUCAUAUCAUAUUGAUUUCAGCAAACUAUUAUUCUAUCGGUCUUCAAUUUUUGAUGCCGAAUCACGUCACGCGUCACUCUGAGACGUACGUGUUUGUUUGUUUACCGUUGAGAAAACAGUCAUAUAGUCUUGCAAAAUUUUAUUCAAAUUCCGAUUGGCUCGAAAUUGCAAUCCUCCGUGGUUUUCAGCCAAUUGAUAUUUUUUGUUUCGUUUAUGCAUGAAGUUCGGAGUUACUUCCAUGAUAAUAAUAAUGGUGUCCGCAAUGAUUAGGCCAUGUUGGUCUGUCGCUCAAUUAAACUGCACGGACUCCUCUUUGAUUUUGACCUGAACUGUCACAGGAAGCUAGCAUCGAACCCGCAACUCUCGGUUCCAAACUUGUUUUUCCAGGGCCCAUACAUUCAAAAAAAGUUAAGAGAUCGUACGUUCAUCAGCCAAUCAUUGACG